CCUCAGCACAGCAUGGAGAGGGCGGCAGCACGCCUGGCGCUGAGUGCGCUGUUGCUUUGCCUGGCCGCUCGGGGCAGCCCGCGGCAGCCCGACGAGGAGGAGAAGGCGCUGGUGGUGCCCGUGAGGCUGGAUUCCGCCGGGCGGCAGCAGCAGCGGCUCUACCGCCUGGACGCCUUUGGCGAGCGCCUCAGCUUGGAGCUGCAGCCCGACAGCAGCUUUUUGGCGCCGGACCUGACGCUGCAGUACGUGGGCAGCCGGCCCCGGAGCGAAGAGGAAGAGGCUUCCGAGCAGCCGGGCGCCUUGGCCGGCUGCUUCUACUCCGGCACGGUCAACGGCGACGCGCAUUCCGCCGCCGCCCUCAGCCUGUGCGGAGGGCUCCGCGGGGCUUUCUACCUGCGCGGCGUCGAGUACCUCAUUCAACCGGCCAACGCCUCCCUCCAGCAAGGAGGAGACGAGCCGCUUCGGCUGCACGUCCUGCGGCGCCGGCUGCGGAGGAGCCCCCGGCAAGACGGCGGAGCGAAGUGCGGAGUGACGGACUCCGAUUUCCCCUCUACGGCUGCGGAAGGGCGGCCGCAGCUGCAUGAAGGGAAGAAAGCGGCGGCUGCAGCAGGAGCAGCAGCACCACCGGAGCACGCGGCUCGCGCAGGACAUAGAAGUACAAGGAAGAAAAGAUUUGUGUCAAGCCAUCGCUAUGUGGAAACCUUGCUUGUAGCUGACCAAUCUAUGGCAGAGUUCCAUGGCAAUGGGCUGAAACAUUAUCUUCUGACACUCCUGUCUGUGGCUGCCAAAUUGUAUAAACAUCCCAGCAUCCGGAACUCUGUCAGUCUGGUGGUAGUGAAAAUAAUGGUCAUCUAUGAUGAGCAGAAGGGGCCUGAUGUGUCCUCAAAUGCUGCGCUUACCUUAAAAAAUUUCUGCAACUGGCAAAAGCAACACAAUCCUCCUAGUGACCGGCAUCCUGAGCAUUAUGACACUGCAAUUCUUUUCACUAGACAGGAUCUCUGUGGUGCCAAGACAUGUGAUACACUUGGGAUGGCUGAUGUGGGAACAGCUUGUGAUCCAAACCGCAGUUGCUCUGUCAUAGAAGAUGAUGGCUUGCAAGCCGCUUUUACCGCCACUCAUGAAUUAGGCCAUGUGUUCAGUAUGCCCCAUGACGAUGCAAAGCAAUGUGCUGGUAUUAAUGGUGUAAGCAGGGACUCCCAUAUGAUGGCAUCUAUGCUUUCCAACUUGGAUCGAAGCCAGCCGUGGUCUCCGUGCAGUGCUUAUAUGAUUACUACGUUUUUGGAUAAUGGCCAUGGCGAGUGUUUGCUGGACAAGCCUCACAAGCCUAUCCAACUCCCUUCUGAUCUGCCUGGAACACAGUAUGAUGUGAAUAGGCAGUGCCAGUUCACAUUUGGAGAAGAUUCCAAACACUGUCCUGAUGCAGCCAGCACAUGUACAACUUUGUGGUGUACUGGCAUGUCUGGUGGAUUGCUCGUGUGCCAAACCAAGCAUUUCCCUUGGGCAGACGGCACCACUUGUGGAGAGGAAAAGUGGUGCAUGAAUGGCAAGUGCAUUGAGAAGACAGACAGGAAGCAUUAUGAUACCCCUAUUCAUGGUGCCUGGGGAUCGUGGAGUUCCUGGGGAGAGUGUUCCAGGACAUGCGGUGGUGGAGUGCAGUACUCUCUGCGAGAGUGCGACAACCCAGUUCCCAAGAACGGCGGGAAAUACUGUGAGGGAAAGCGGGUGCAGUACAGGUCGUGCAACAUUGAAGACUGUCCAGACAACAAUGGCAAAACCUUCAGGGAGGAACAGUGUGAGACUCACAAUGACAUAUCCAAGUCUCCUUUUGGAACUGAGCCUGUAGUGGAAUGGACACCCAAGUUUGCUGGAGUCACUCCCAAAGACAGAUGCAAGCUUACCUGCCUUGCAAAAGGCACUGGCUAUUUCUUUGUCCUUCAGCCUAAGGUGGUGGAUGGAACCUUGUGUAGCCCAGAGUCCACUUCAGUCUGUGUCCAGGGGCAAUGUGUAAAAGCUGGCUGUGAUCGCAUCAUAGGCUCCAGUAAGAAGUUUGAUAAAUGUGGCGUCUGUGGAGGAAAUGGAUCUACUUGCAAGAAAGUGUCUGGAACACUUUCUAGUUCCAGACCUGGUUAUCAUGAUGUUGUUGUGAUCCCUGCUGGGGCAACGAACAUAGAAGUUAAACAACGGAAUCACAGAGGUAUCAGGCAGGACGGCAGCUUCCUUGCUAUUAAAGCUGCAGAUGGAACCUACAUUCUCAAUGGUGACUAUACACUAUCAACUGUGGAGCAAGACAUCACCCAUAAAGGCAGUGUGUUGACAUACAGCGGCUCAUCAGCUCCUCUGGAAAGAAUCCGCAGCUUCAGCCCACUGAAGGAACCUUUAACAAUACAGGUCCUUACCGUGGGUGAUUCGUUUCGACUUAAGAUCAAAUACAGCUAUUUUGUGAAGAAAGCAGGUUCUGAGAAACCUCCCAGCAAAAAGACUGAUUCUUUCAAUGCAAUUCAGGAGACGAUCUUAUCUGAAUGGAUUUUUGAAGAAUGGGGAGAGUGUUCUAAGUCCUGUGGUACUGGUUGGCAGAGGAGAUCUGUAGAGUGCAGAGACCUUAAUGGACAGCCUGCCACAGACUGUGCAAAAGAACUCAAGCCAAGCGAUGUCCGGCCGUGUGCAGACGCACCAUGCCCACAGUGGCAGCUGGGAGACUGGUCACCAUGCUCUAAGACAUGUGGGAAAGGCUUCAAGAAGAGAUUGUUAAGAUGCAUGUCCUUUGGUGGUGCCACAUUGUCCAACGAAAGCUGUGACAUUUCAAAGAAACCUAAGCAUUUAAUAGACUUCUGUAAUGUUACAAACUGCAGCUAAACCGUAACAGGUUGGGGAAGCUAAAGUUGGUUGUUUUCUUUUCCCCUUCAGACCAAAGCACUGAAAAUGAACUAUUGAGAGGUAGCAAUUGUAAUUCGCAUGGAAAAUUCACAGGGAAUCCACUGAGAUGGAACAGUGCAAAUAACGUUAAAUAGUAUUCUGAAAUGUAAAACAAAAAACCAAACAAAAAACCACAUCAACUGAAAAUCUGAUAAAAAACAAUAUUAGUUGCUAGCUGUUUCAUCUUCAGCAGGUAAAAGUCCUGAGGCAUUACAAUUUCCUCUUUUAAGUCUGUUACAAAUUAAACAAAACAUAGGCAGUGGCCAAAGAAGUUUAAACAAACAUUUCAAUGUUUUAGUGAGAGUUGGGUUUUUUGUUAAAACUUAUGGAGUUUGUUUUGUGGUACUGAUAAAAUCCCUCUCUUAAUCAAAGUUGGAGAGGGAGGACCAUUUUCCUCUAAGCUUAAUUAUUGGUCAGCUCUUGCCUACCUCACAAAAGCAAAAAAAAGUAACAGUAUUUUUUUUGGGGGGAAACUAUAUUGUUCAUGGCUGCUAUCAGUAGUUUUAUAUAACAGUAGAGUGAUAUUUUCCACCAGGAAGCAAACAAUUACAAUGAUGUUUGCUUGUAAAAUCUGAUAACUAGAAUGUAGUGCUCUUAAAACCUUUUGAUUUAAUUAGACCCUUUUUCUUCAUUGUAGCUGGUAUGCUCAACCUGCAGAGUUAGAAUGGUAGCAGUUCGAGAACCACACACUGUUCUCACUGCCCUGGAUUGAUCGCUCCCUUGUGUGUGUGUCUGUUCUUCAUGCCCACAAUUGUUCCACAGGACUCCAACAAAACCCAAAUUUAGCUUUGGAGCACAUGCAUGUGCCUGAUUCCACCAUGAAAACAUAUUCCUAAAUUGUUACCAUUUGAGUUAUCUAACAGCCACCAUUUUGUUCAGAUACAGCUCUCCACCUCGUCGAAAGUAAUAUUCUUACGUUUUCUGCAAAGAGUUAAUGGAAUUUUAUGGAUAGAAAAUUGCUUAAUACAUGGCACCCCAUAAAUUUGCAUUGUUUGAAUCACUUGUACGGCAGGGAAGAUUGCUGCGGGAUAGCAGGUCCAUCCACAGCAGUAUGCCAGUCCCUGCAUAUUUAAAAAGGAUGUGCUAGUUCAUAGACUAUGAGAGAAUAUGGCUCUCCAUAUGUAUAUAGUAAAAUAUAUUGCUAUAGAGGAUGCGUACUUUAUAAGUAUUUAUAUUCUUUCCCUUCUGAGAAGGGUUAUAAUUGGUAAUAAAAUGCAUAUAAUGAACCUAUUUAUUUUUAUAUUUCUUGGCUAAUAUGAUCUCCUAAGUUAUCACUUUUUUAAAAAAAGAAAAAGACAUAUAACAAGGAUAGAGUAUUUAUGCAAUAUAAUAUGAUACUAGAGAUAAUAAACACUAUGAAUUUUGGAAA